CUUGCCAAAAUGCACGUAGUCGCAAGUAACAUUUGUGAUACUUGCGAUACUAUCGAUGACGCAUCGCAUAUAAUAUUUAAUUGUACCAAGUACAACACAACAAGCUAAACUACCCAUCGCUACCCAAGGGUAGAGCGAUAAAACCUCAAAAAAAAAAAAAAAAGAAAGCAACCAGUGCAUAUUUGUGCACAGGAAUUGAAAUAAGAAUUAAUAAGAUAAGCGUGGCUGUUUUGGCUAGACUCAAGAUCUUUUUGAUCAGACGAACUGAACAACAAAACUGGUGUACGUUGCAGAUCAAUUCAAUUGCGAAUGAAUACAAUUACAGGAUAAAAUGACUGACUACCAAGACCACUACAACGUAUUGGGAGUGAAAUAUAAUGCUACUUUACAGCAAAUCAAAAAAGCCUUCCGCCAGAUGGCCCUGCGCUUCCACCCAGACAAGAACAAAAACGGAGAGGAGAAAUUUAAGAUAAUAGUAAGGGCCUACAAAGUCUUGAUAGAUCCACGAAAACGCUACGAAUUCGAUCAGAUCUACAAAAGUAAGAUGAAAAAUCAAAAAAAUUCACAACAAAACAAUACCUUCCACCAGUGGGGGACAUGGAAUAAGCCGCCCAAGCCCAAGCCCAAGCGCAGGCAAAGUCAUGAUGACGGCUUUAGGCCGAAUCCCUCUUAUUCCCACAAUACCUUUAACAGGAAACCGGGGACCCCAAAACGGAAAAUGGCUGUAAUCAUUCUGGGCUCCAUGGUUAUAGCAUAUUUUACCUAUAAAAUGAUUAAGACCAGAACGGCGGCUCGUGCAGCGGAGAUGGUUUUGGUCACCAUUUCAGCAGAAAAGGUUGAGGCACCGCUUGCAGCAGGAGAGGCAUCUCUAUCAUCAGCUACUAGUGCAGUAGCUGGCGCCACUGCUGGAGGGGUAUCCAAGAUAUCGAAGUGGGUCGCAGGAUCACCUAGUGCAGAUUCUUCAGCGACUUCUUCUGUCGCAUCAGCUGCCAGUGCUGUAGCUGGAGCCACUGCUGGAGGGAUAUCCAAUGUCUGGAAGUGGGUCGCAGGAUCACCAAGUGCAGAUUCUUCAGCGACUUCUCCUGUC